GCAGAGUAUCGCGCAGAAUGAUGAUGUCAUCCACUUCCGCACAUGUGCCUGCUGUAAACACAUGUCGGCAUUUUUUUUUUGCGACUGGAGUAAGACUGCCUUUCUGAACGUAGUGCCAGGACCGGACACACAGGCAAAAAUGAAUGAGGACGUGGGGAGACUUUUAAUUCAAUUUAAAGAUGAAAAUGGAGAGGUUUUGGGAUCCCCCUUUGAUGUUCCUGUGGAUAUAACAUCAGAUAAACUGCAGUUAGUGUGCAAUGCCCUUUUACAGGAGGAGGAGCCUGUGCCUUUGGCCUUUUUUGUCCAUGAUUUGGAAAUAGUAACUUCACUGGAUAAGACAUUGGAGAAACAAUCAGUUGAAACUGAAAAGGUGAUAGACAUAAUCUAUCAGCCGCAAGCUGUAUUCAAAGUUCGUGCUGUUACACGAUGCACCAGCUCAUUGGAGGGACACACUGAGGCUGUCAUUUCAGUAGCCUUCAGCCCAACUGGAAAGUACUUGGCAAGUGGUUCUGGGGACACAACAGUCCGCUUUUGGGAUCUCAACACAGAAACUCCACAUUUCACAUCUAAAGGGCACACACACUGGAUUCUCAGUAUUGCUUGGUCUCCAGAUGGCAGAAAACUUGCCUCAGGAUGUAAAAAUAGUCAGAUCUUCAUUUGGGACCCAAACACAGGGAAGCAGAUUGGCAAGCCAUUAACGGGGCACUCAAAGUGGAUUACAUGGCUGUGUUGGGAACCUCUCCACCUGAACCCAGAGUGCCGGUACCUUGCGAGUGCCUCCAAAGACUGUACUAUCCGUAUCUGGGAUACUGUUAUGGGCCAAUGUCAGAAGAUCCUUACCAGCCACACUCAGUCAGUUACAGCAGUAAAAUGGGGUGGUGAUGGACUCCUUUAUUCUUCCUCACAGGACAGAACAAUAAAAGCCUGGAGAGCCCAGGAUGGAGUCCUUUGCAGAACAUUGCAAGGCCACGCACACUGGGUUAAUACAAUGGCACUCAGUACAGACUAUGUUCUCCGCACAGGGGCUUUUAAUCCAGCUGAUGCUUCUGUAAAUCCCCAGGACAUGAGUGGUUCCCUGGAAGAUUUGAAGGAGAAAGCCUUGAAAAGAUACAAUGAAGUCCGGGGCCAAGGUCCUGAGAGACUGGUGUCAGGAUCUGAUGACUUCACGCUGUUUCUUUGGGCCCCAGCAGAGGAAAAAAAACCCUUACAGAGGAUGACAGGACAUCAAGCCCUGAUCAAUGAAGUUCUCUUUUCUCCUGACACAAGAAUCAUUGCAAGUGCAUCUUUUGACAAAUCGGUUAAGCUUUGGGAUGGUAAGACUGGAAAAUUCUUGGCAUCCUUGCGAGGCCAUGUCUCAGCAGUUUAUCAGAUUGCCUGGUCGGCAGACAGCAGACUGUUGGUCAGCGGAAGCAGUGAUAGUACACUUAAAGUUUGGGAUUCAAAGACCAAGAAACUUUUGGUAGACCUCCCAGGCCAUGCAGAUGAGGUAUAUUCUGUUGACUGGAGCCCUGAUGGACAGAGAGUAGCCAGUGGAGGAAAGGAUAAGUGCCUAAGGAUAUGGAGGAAGUGAGGAAGCAACAAGAAAAUAUCACCAGAAGUACACAGAUUCCACAGACGCCACAGAUUCACUGUUCCCAUACUGUAUGAGGUUGGCGGAUCCUGUGCAUGGUCCAUUCCAACACGACCCAAAAAAACUAUAUUUUCAUAAAUACAUACCAUUUUAUAUUUUACCCUUGCAGGCCAAUUUAGCAAGAUCUAAGAUGUCCGUUACCUGCAGUAUGUGUGUAAAAAAUAUAUUUUAUUUAUAUAAUGGGCUCUUUUGAAAAAGGUGGACUUAUGAACAAUAAAACCAUACAUUUCACUGACAAUUUAAUACACAUUUUUUCCUAACAAAAAUAUGCAAAGCCUUAAAGGAGAAGGAAAGGCAAAGUCACUUGGGGGUGUCAAAAUAUUAGGCACCCCCAAGUGACUUAAAUCGCCUACCUUUUACCCCGGACUGGUUCCCCUGUUCGGAGAGAACAGCACCAGCCCGGGGUAGCUGCAGCGCCUCCUCCUUCCUGUUCGCUCGCACGUGCAUGCGCAGUAGAGUGAAAAAGAUGAAAUUUAACAGAGAAGUCGGCUUUUCACUCUACUGCCCAUGUGCCUGUCGUGGGGCCCCGGCAAAAUGAAGGAGGAAGCGCUCACUCGCAGGUACCCCUGGCUGGUGCUGUUUUCUCCUAACAGGGGCACCAGCCCAGGGUACAAGGUAAGGGAUUAAAGUCACUUGGGGGUGCCUAACAUUUUGGCACCCCCAAGUGACUUAGCCUUUCCUUGUCCUUUAAAGGCAAAGGAAAAGUAUAAGGUAUAGUUACUGUAAAGUUUAGUUGUAUUUCUUGAUUUUUGGUUUAUUUAUUUUGUUCUGCAGCUGUCCAGUUUGGAAUUUCUAUGGCUGGUUGCUAGGGCCCUAGUAACUUUAGAAAUCAGGCCGCAGAAGUCAGAGGGCCUAUCCUGCUUAUCUUUCAUACUAAGCAAUAAAAUGUUGUUGAACCUCAA